AUUAUAUAUUUUAGAUAGGAGUAUAAAAAGAAUAUCCAACCCAAGUAAAAAAAUAUGUAUAUUUCGAUUGUGUUCGCAGUUAUUUCGUCGUUCGUUGCAGUAGAGAGUAACGAAAGUGUCCAGACAUACAGGGUUAAUGUCAAAGUACCUGGAGGAAGAAUCAACGAGGAUAUUAUUGUUGACUCGAAGGAAAAUACAAUGACUGUCAAUCUCGGGGAUGUAUCUCAUCUGAACAACUCUUUUUGUCCGUCAAUUAAUCUUCAUGACUUCGAAAUGAAAAAGGUUGCCAUAAAGAACAUAGAUUAUGGAAUUUGUAUGAUAGUAGAUACUAAAGAAUAUUACAGUGAUUCAGUAGAAAUGUUGAACAAAAUUACAAUGCUACACUACCGACAUGAAGUAAAAGAUGAAAUUAUGGUACGUGCACGUCGUAUUACACAUGAUGAAAUGAUACAAAUAGCUGGAGAAAAAAUUGCAGACUUUUGUAGAGGUUACAAACUAUACGUUGGAGAAAAAGUUCACAAGGAUGGCAUGCUGAUAGCUGUUAAGAAUGCAAACCGACGUACAAGACGCCGAGCACUGGGAAUGAGAGGCUGUAGAUAGGGAUGUCUUUUCUGUUUGAUAGGACAGAGCUAGGAAAGAUCUGCUGGAAAAAUAAAUGAUUUAUUUUAACAAAACACUAAUUAAUAAAAGAAAAAAAA